AAUUCCGUCACUACCGCCACACCCAAGAUGGCGCCAGUGGCCGGCGGGCGAGAGGCGGAAGGUCUGGCGGCGGCUUAUUAUACAGGGCGGUCUCCAGGGUGACGGCAGGUCGGCUUUGUUGGGCAGUCGAGACCGCGGGACGGGCAGAAGGCGAGGCGCUGCCGGCGGUCCUCCCAGCUGGCCAUGAUGGUGCCUGGAUCCGGUCUCUUUCCCCCCCUGUGGUGUCUGCUACUCCUGUCCCUGGGAGGCUGCGACGGAGCCCUCACGCUCUCUGUCCCGGGUGAAGUUUCCUUGGAAAAUGGCAGCGUGACGGACAUCACCGCCACUUUGAGUACACCAGCCAAGGAGACCCUGGUGAUCACGUUUAAUGUCACGUAUUGGUCCAAGAACACAACCAUCGUCGAACUGCCUGAUCAAGUAAUAAUACCUGUGGGCCUAAAGAAGACUGACUUCCAGGUGAGAGCCGAAGAUGUUGGGCAGGUGACUGCCUAUCUUCACGCCAACCAAACCGACCUGAACGGGCCGAGAAUCCGGUUCCUCGUGAUCCACAGCAGUGCUUUGAGGACUUUAGACCAGGUGAUCGGUUGGAUCUACUUCUUCGCCUGGUCAAUCUCCUUCUAUCCCCAAGUGUUUGAGAACUGGAAACGCAAAAGCGUCGUGGGGCUCAGUUUCGAUUUCAUUGCUCUGAACCUUACGGGCUUCAUCGCCUACGCAGUCUUCAAUGUUGGGCUCUUCUGGAUUGGCUCCAUUAAGGAGCAGUUCCUGCAGCUGUAUCCCAACGGAGUGAACCCCGUGGACAGCAACGACGUGUUCUUCAGUCUCCACGCAGUCGCUGUGACCCUCUUCAUAAUCUUCCAGUGCUGUAUUUAUGAGAAAGGGAGCCAGAAGGUCUCCUGGGUUGUCGUCGGGCUGCUGGCCCUCGCCUGGAUUUUCGUCUUCGCCACCCUGUUUGUGGCCGUUGUCCGGGAGAUCACGUGGCUUCAGUUCUUAUUCUACUUCUCUUACAUUAAGUUGGGAGUGACCCUCGUCAAGUACUUCCCGCAGGUAAGCUGGAACUUCCACAGAAAGGCAACCCUGGCUCACUCAGCCGACGGCUCUCCCCUCUUGGACUUCACAGGUGGUGCGUUCAGCCUGCUCCAGAUGUUUCUGCAGUCCUACAACAAUGAUGAAUGGAGGCUGGUCUUCGGGGAUCCCACCAAAUUUGGUUUGGGUCUUUUCUCCAUCAUUUUUGACAUCGUCUUCAUCAUCCAGCACUACUGCUUGUAUAGAUCUCCAGGCUAUGAGCCUAUGACUUAAAAUCCCUGCCCUGACGAACAUGGUACCUGUCCCAACUCCACCCACCAUACUUCCGAGAGGGUUCCUUGCUGUGGAAUCAGCAACGCCAGACUUCCUUCGCAUGGACUACAAGAAACCACCUGUGCCCUACUUGCUGUUGCCCUUGUGCCUUCUUCAUGUGUCCCAAGUGUGAACCUUAACCCAGGAAAGGCCAGCCUCCCUUGGUGGUGUCUCCAGAGGGAUGGGCCUCUUCAGCUCAGGGGGAAGGAGGCAGGAUACUGGAUCUCAAAACACCGCGUACUGAUCUUUUCACCUGUAGCCAAUUAACAUCUCCUGCCAACUUACAAAGUGAUUGCCUUCAGAGAAGAUGGCUGGGAACUGGAGGAAUGAACAGCCAUGCUUCUAGGGACCAGUGCCACGUGUCCGGAGGAACUGACGUGACUGGAAGGCCCCCGUUCCAGAUCGGCAGGGGAGGAUUCCUUCAAUUUCGGAGGAGGAAGGAGGGGGUCAGCAAAUGUCAGGCUCUCUCUGGGCACUUCCCUUUCCUCGAAAACUUUGUCCUGAGGCUGCCUGUGGCAGUUGGUGUGAAACACCCGGACCUGACUGUUAACAACAAUUAAAAGUUUUUGCAACAGAACUCUAGUCUGUAAUGGACUAAGGUCACUUUCAACAUGAUGGGUGCAAGAACGUACCCUGGACCACUCUGGUUCACUUAGCGUGUUGUUGUUAAAUGGCUUUCUGAUAUUGCGCAGAGCUAUCCUUCACCCCCCCCCUCUGGUGGCUGGAAAUAAAUCCUGUUCAGAUGGACUGUAGCU